ACACACAAAAAACACAAAAAACCAAAGCUUAAAAAUUGCAAAAAUCUUAAUUACUCAAAAACAUAAUUCAAGUACACAAUUUAAAAAAAAAGACUCGAAAUAGUUUCGAUGGAAAUUUUACCGGGUUUUUAUUUCUUGACUAGUCAAGUGCGAAAUAUUUACUAUUUAUUGUACUUUUAUUCUUAUACUCAACAUAUUCAAAAAAUCUUAUAAAUUCAGCUUAUUUAUAUAAUAACAAAAAAACAUAUAAAUAAAUAUGAAAACUCGAUUUAAUUUGGUCCAUUGGACCACGAUAGUAGGCUUACUUGGUAUUGUAGUCUCAAUACUAGGUGCCUAUUGCGGUUGGAUACUCUUUCCCACCAUGGUACACAAAAAAGUUGAAGAGAACGUUGUCAUUGCCGAUGGUUCGGAGCAAUAUAAACGUUUCGUGAAACUCCCACAACCACUUACAUUUAAAGUUUAUAUAUUUAACGUGACAAACGCACAUAAAAUACAACAAGGUGCCAUACCAAUUGUAGAAGAGAUUGGACCUUAUGUCUACAAACAAUAUCGUCGAAAGAAAGUCAAACACUUCUCCCGUGAUGGUUCGAAAAUCACUUAUGUACAAGACCAGCUAUAUUUAUUUGAUGAGGAAGCCUCUGCGCCAUAUACCGAAUCAGAUCAGAUUGUGGCACUUAAUAUGCAUAUGAAUGCAUUUUUACAAGUUUUCGAAAGAGAAAUUACUGAUAUCUUUCAGGGUUUCGCAAAUAGAAUUAAUCACAGGCUGAAUCGUACGCCAGGCGUACGCAUAUUGAAGCGCCUUAUGGAACGUAUACGUGGGAAACGUAAAUCUGUGCUGCAGAUUAGCGAAAACGAUCCUGGCUUAUCACUGCUGCUAGUGCAUUUGAAUGCUAAUAUCAAGGCGGUCUUCAAUGACCCACGUUCGAUGUUUGUAACAACAACUGUGCGCGAGUAUCUUUUCGAUGGUGUGCGGUUUUGCAUAAAUCCGAAUGGUAUAGCUAAGGCCAUUUGCAAUCAAAUCAAGGAGAGCGGCUCAAAGACUAUACGUGAGUUGAACGAUGGCAGUUUGGCGUUUUCAUUUUUUAAUCACAAAAAUGGUUCUGGACAUGAUGUAUAUGAGGUACAUACGGGCAAAGGUGAUGCAAGUCGCGUGCUUGAAAUACAAAAACUGGAUGAUUCACAUAAUUUACAGGUGUGGUUGAAUAAUACUGAUGGUGAAACGUCGAUGUGUAAUCAAAUCAACGGCACCGAUGCAUCUUCGUAUCCUCCUUUUCGUCAACGUGGUGAUUCAAUGUAUAUUUUCAGUGCAGAUAUAUGUCGCUCCGUUCAGCUAUUCUAUCAAUCUGAUAUACAAUAUCAAGGUAUACCUGGUUUUCGUUAUUCGAUUGGCGAGAAUUUCAUAAAUGAUAUUGGCCCAGAACAUGAUAAUGAGUGCUUUUGUGUUGAUAAGCUCGCAAAUGUAAUAAAACGAAAGAAUGGUUGCCUAUACGCAGGAGCAUUAGAUCUCACAACUUGUUUAGAUGCACCAGUAAUUUUGACGCUGCCGCAUAUGUUGGGCGCCUCGAACGAGUACAGAAAAAUGAUUCGCGGUCUCAAACCGGAUGCGAAGAAGCAUCAAACAUUCGUUGAUGUGCAGAUGCUCACUGGUACGCCGCUUCAGGGAGGCAAACGCGUGCAGUUCAACAUGUUCUUGAAGAGCAUAAAUCGCAUUACGAUCACGGAGAAUCUGACAACCGUGCUAAUGCCAGCUAUUUGGGUGGAGGAAGGCAUUCAGCUAAACAAUGAGAUGGUAGCGUUCUUCAAAAAGAAACUAAUAAACUCCCUAAAGACACUGAAUAUUGUGCAUUGGGCUUCACUGUGUGGUGGCAUUGGAGUGGCAUUAAUUUGUCUGAUGUAUUAUGUCGUGUACCGUCGAAAACCCAUUGAAGAAGCACCGCUAAAGUAGGAGGACUUGUUAAAAGUUGUUCGGGUUAUAGAUAAAUCUAACUUUAGCAUUAUAAUAUAUGUAUGUGGUUAAAUAUAUGUAUAUGUUUGUUAUUA